AUGUUCGGUCCUUUCCGCCUCACAGAUCCACUAUCAGGCGGUCUACUAUGGAAAGUACCAUGGCGACUUUCCAGGCACCAAAAGUAUCGUCACCGUGAGCGGCUGCGACAUGUCGACACUGUCGUCUCCACCCUCGACACCGCACUACGACGAAUGGGCCAAAGCAUGAAGAAGGUGGAGCGCUGGAAGACGGAGAUGCCGACCGAACAAGAGAUGCUUCCAAAGGACAAAUACACUGUAUUCGACCGGAAGGUAAAGAGGUAUCGCAAAGGAAUACACAAGGUACCCAAGUGGACGAGGGUCAGCCAAAGACUCAAUCCCCCGGGUUUCUAG